AUGGUGCUUUUCUGCCCGUACUGUGCAAAUGUGCUGCUCGUGGAGGCCGGACCGGAGAACAGGCUGCGAUUCUUUUGCAAUACCUGCCCCUACGUUUUCGGGAUCGAUCAAAAAAUCAGCAAAAAGGCGGCCCUAGAACGCAAACAGGUCGACGACAUCCUCGGCGAUGAAGUGUUCGAGAACGCCCAGCAGACCGAAGCCAAGUGCCCCGAGUGUGGACACGACCGGGCCAACUUCUUCCAGUUGCAGACGCGAUCGGCCGACGAACCGUCCUCUACGUUCUACCGCUGCAUGAAGUGCGCCAGCAAGUGGAAGGUCGACUGA